GUGACAUCUUUGAUCGUGUUGGGGGCAGGUGACUGUGUACUGUGUGUAUAUGUUCUUAGUUGUGAUGUUUAUAUGUGAUUUGGCAUAAUAUUUAUUAUUUUGUAAACAUGCCACCAAAUAUAAACACAUACAUUCGGUUAAAGGAAUCUAUAAUAUCAAAGUCUAACUAUGUUAGUCCACCAGAACUCAAUAAUUUUGUGUUAGAAUACGCGCAGAUAAUAAACUCAAAAAGACGUUGUAGCUCGAUAAAAAAUUUGGAAGAACUGAUUUGUUUGUUAGAAAAACGAGAUUAUAUAAGCCCAGACAACGUGAAACCUCUGCUAUGUAUUAGGGACAGAAUCCGCGAUCCACAACGCUUGCAUUCGUUCAGUAAUAAUGGAGAUUCAAUAUCAAAUGGAAUCGACGACGAUUUUUAUGGAAGACAGAUGUCGAACAGUACUGAGAGUCAGAAUGACGUCUUCGGAACGCGAUCUCUUCCGCCUAGAGUGUUGGAGUUAGUGAGUGAAGAAAUUGGAAGAAAGUGGAAAGAUCUAGCCCGCCAGUUGGGCCUGAGAGAAGGCAAAAUGAACGAGAUUGAAGCAAGAUACCCCAAUAAUCUUAAGGAAAGGGUGUAUGCCUGUUUGGCCAUGUUCCAAGAAAAUAAUCCUAAUGGCAUGGAGAAAAAAUUACUGAAAGCAUUAGAGAAAGCCCGCAGAAAAGAUCUAAGGGACCAGGUUGAGGCAAUACUGAGGCCGUACUGAGAUAAAUCAUAGCCUACAGUAUGGGUCUCCAUCACAUCAGCGAUCUGCUUAUUUAAAAAUAUUCCAAGGUGAAGAAAUGUUGUGACAUUCAAAGGCUUCAUUUCUUGAAUCCAGGAAUGUGAUAAUAUUGUGAUAUGAGUGCCUAAGCUAAAUUGUAUGUUGUAAAUGAAAUCUUAUUUUUGUAAAUAAAGUGAAUAAUUAAUCUGAA